AUGAAUGCGGUGCCGAAAGCAGAGAUUCCGGCCUCUUCUGUGCCCAAGGAGGUUCUUCUGUCUUCAAAAGUCCCAUCUGUGGACAGGAGAAAUUCAGAUGCAUAUUCAACCAGUUUCCAGAGGGACUUCCAGCAUCUUCCAGCGAAGCCAAGCAACAAGACCUCAAUGCACAACGAGGAGUACUUGACAGAGGCGAAGGCGUCCUACCAGCAUCCCCCAUUUCCACGUAUUAUCCGCAUCCCACACUGGACAAAGCUUCAGACCAACUUCAAGAUGGGAGCAGACCUUAGAAACGUUGACUUCGGCACCACCCACUCCCAGAAUUUCCAGCUCCGUCCCCUCCAGCCCCCUCGCACUCAAAUCCGGCCAACACUGAUCACCAAGAAGAUCCCUCACAUGGAAAAACUUCCAGAAAGCACCUUCCAAGCCAGCUUCGUCCCACACCGUGACUGCCCUGUUGUGAAAUCCACUGUUAAACAUCUAGAAAAGGGCUCACCCGCAGUAAAAGGAGAUGGGCGCCAUCACAGCUUUGCCACACAGUACAACAACAACUUCCAGGGAGUUUGGAGCGGAGCUGCUCAGUCUUAUAAAAAGCACACCUCUUCAGUGCCGAUGGGCAAUCCUGAGAAGCUGUUAGAAAGAAAGACGACCCACGCUGCGUCAUUCAUACGGCCCGCUGUCUGCAGGUCUCCUUUGUCACAUGUGGUGAAACAGAGUCUGAAGCUCAAUUUGGGAAAUUUCUCCAAGGAUUCGUGGUCCUCGACGUCCAAAGAGGAUUAUCGUUAUCACAAGCUAGUUGAUCCAGAUGUUUUGGCAAAAAGGAGCAAUACUUUGAGUUCCUUUCCAAAAGGAGACACUGAUGCACAGAGAAACAAAGACAGGAUGUCAGUCACCAUCAGCAGACUCUCCUUCUCUGAUCGGAGCCACACACGACAUCCGAUGACCGUGCCCGGGCCUGACCUGAUGACCAAAAGCAACGUCCAGUUCAGUGAAUCCAGUCUCUCGGGCCUGUACUACACGACCACAGCCAAAGAACACUACAAUAAAAAGGACAGAGCGCCGGCCAAAGCAUCCACUCUCAACCCGAGCUACAUACUGCGUGGACCAGAGCAUGGGCCGUGCCUCAGCACCACUAUGGCUGACUUCCUCCCUUGGAAGACCUGCAAACCGGUCAUGAUAACUUACCAGCCGCAGCACGAGACCCAUGUGAGGUUUCCAUUGGUCGAACAGAAUUUCAGCACCACCAGCAGAGACGACUACACAGCCAAAUCUCUGCGGCCAGUUCAGUCAUUAUGAGUUAAAGUGACUGAGAAUCACACCACGGUCACUGCACCCUGUCUUCACACCUAGCUCCUAAUAAAAAAUACAGUCAAGAAUCGUUCUUACAUGCAUUACAUACAUGCUCUGGAUUUUCUCUCUGGUAAUGUUUUUGAAUCAAAAAACGUAGCUUAGCAGUAAUAAUAGUAAACCUUUAAGAACCCCACUGUGAAGUCACGGGCAGUAACACAGUAAUAAUAAUAAUAAGUUAAUUGUUGAACAUGGAAGUCGUGCAUUAUUUCAUAUUACACUAAAAGUCCUGCUCGUGAGAACAAAGAAAUCAGACUAUUGGCAGCAUACAGGUCUCCUCCUUCAUGUCAGAGACUCCAUUAAAUGAGUCCCCACGUUG